CCGGACCCACACACACCUGAACAGGGAGACGACGGGACCGGACCCACACACACCUGAACAGGGAGACGACAGGACCGUGCACUCCGAGGCUUCAUCAGGUAACGACUCUUUUAUUACUCUUUCACAGGUAUGUUCUACCUGGGUGACAUCAUCACAUGUAUCAUGUGGAGUGUCCGUGGAAAACAUGACGUUUGAAUCCUGCUGAAAUAAAAUUGACCAGACUUUACAUCAAUGUUUUUACGGGACAGUGAAGACGUCCAUGUUUCUGCUGCUCACUGACUCAUCUCCUUAGAAGAAUUUAAAUAAAGUUCUGUGGGUUUGAAUAAUGGAGUUCGUGAUUCUGUUAGCAUCUGAAGAAACUCGUUCUCAUCAGUCUAUUUUAUUGUUAUUGUGACCAAGACUGGAUCAGUAGUCAGGCACCAGCCACAGGCCCCCAGACAUCAGGUGAUUUAACCAGGUUCAGGUGAGUCCAGUGUUGAGUCUGACCUGGUUUACCUGCGACAGGUGAUGGUGUCAGGAUGUCUGAGGGGAGGCAGCGAACUCUGUCCACCUCUGGCGAGUCUCUUUAUCAGAUCCUGGGUCUGGAGAGGGGCUGCAGCCAUGAUGAUAUCAAGAAGUCCUACAGGAAACUGGCAUUGCGCUACCAUCCUGAUAAAAACCCAGAGAACCCGGACGCUGCUGAGAAGUUCAAGGAACUGAACAGCGCUCACGCCGUCCUGUCCGACCUCACCAAGAGGAACAUCUACGACUCGUACGGUUCUCUAGGACUCUACGUGGCCCAGCAGUUCGGAGAGGACAACGUUAACACGUAUUUCAUGUUGUCCACCUGGUGGGCUAAGGGUCUGUUCGUGGUGUGUGGCGUCCUGACCGGCUGUUACUGCUGCUGCUGUCUCUGCUGCUGCUGUAACUGCUGCUGCGGAAAACUCAAGCCCACGCCCGCUGGGGAGGGGGCGGAGCCUGACUACAUCUCCCCUGACGACCUCGAGGAAGAGAUACGCAACGACCUCGACAAUAGUGAGACAACAGGAAAUGUUGAGACUCCGAUCGUUCAGCAGCCGACAAACGCCGGUGAGAAAACUCAGCUGAUCACUGACGGACACCGAAGAUACGGAGACACCUUCACAUGAAGCUGACAGGAAACAGGAAACACUGCCGCAGUCCCACACUUGACCACCUGAAACCGUAGAGACCUGAACCUUCUAACAAGUCUGAACCAGAACCAGUUUAACGUCAGCCAAUAAGAGGCCACGUUAUGUCUUAAAGCAACAGUCUGACAUGACGUUAUAUAUCCGUCUGUUCAUUAACAGGUGAAAACAUUAUUUGUUCAGACUGUUCCUUUAACACAG